UAAUAGCUGGGCGACGCGAGGAGUAAACAAGAAAGUCAGUUUCAAGCGUUCAUCAUAACAAGGACUGAUUAACAUGGGAAGUCAGCAAACUCCCGAGAUUCUGGACUACCGGAAUGAAAAUGGUCAUGGGUGGUCCUUCUACAUAAAUGACGGCGUCCUUCGGAGAGUUGGCACCACCCCGGAGGAUGAUAUGGAAAUGAUCCGAAAUGUUCAGAAGCUCGAACUGAGGGACGAUGACGUCAUGAUAGCGGCAUAUCCCAAAUGUGGUACCCACUGGUUGUGGGAAAUCGUCAACAUGCUCAGGGCCGGUAACUCUGAGUACAAUAAGAAAAUGAAAGAGAUAGCCAUGUUGGAGAUGCCGAAGUUUGAGAGGAUUGAUGAACUGCCAUCCCCGCGGGUUCUGAACUCGCAUCUUCACUUCCGCCAUCUGCCGGAGAAACUGGUAGAGAAGCAAAUUAGAACAAUCUUCGUCAUGCGAAAUCCCAAAGAUGUCAGCGUAUCAUAUUUUAACCACGCCAACGGAUCCAAAAAACUUUUUAGGUUUGACGGGAGGUAUUCAGAAUUUCUGGAUCUGUUUCUGGAAGGAAAAGUUCCCGGAGGUAGUUUUGCCGAUUAUCUGAAAGACUGGUGGCAAGUGAAACAGGACAACCCGGACUUGCCUAUCUUAACAUUGUUUUAUGAAAACUUGAAAGAGGAUCCUGUUAAAAACAUCAAAGCUGUUGCCGACUUCAUCGGCCAGUCAGUCACUGAUGAACUCUGUCAGGAAAUAGCAGAGGCGUGCAGCUUUAAGAAGAUGAAGGUUGCAGACACGGAGGUGAAGGAGGAUUAUGCUGAACGGUCCGAAACCUGGAAGGAAGGCCACACAGGAAUGUUCCGUAAAGGUGAAGUCGGGGAUUGGAAGAACUGGAUAACAGUUGCUCAAAAUGAAAGAUUUGAUGACGUCAUAGACCGAACGUUUAAGGGUACAGGCAUUGCAUUCACGUAUGAAUAGCUAACCGAUUUUUAAAGUUGUGACCAAAACGGUCGGCAAUACGUCUUUCAUCCAUUGUAAUAAGUUGUAUGUAAUAGAACUAUGUCCCUUGUUCAUGUGUAUAUGUUAUCGAGGAAACUAAAUGCCAAAUAUCAGUAUUAAUGAAGAACAUAUCUAUGGAUACUAAUCUCCAUGGUGUGUGUCCAUGUCAAUCAACAGUUAUAACUGAUGAGAUAUGUAGUGCUGACAAAGAAAUCGAAGCGUUGCGGAAACAACAAAUCCUAUUAUGAAAUUGAUGUGUACGUAUGUGUGAGUGAAUUGUGUUUUACGCCGUAAUGAAAAGUAUUAAGUUGUAUCACUGAGUGUCAAAUUAUUGAGAAAAGCUCAAAUGACGCGACAAUUUGUUGAAACUCUCGGGUAUAGGCAUAGUACCGACAAAGCAAGGAACAUAAUCACAACAAAUCUAGGAUUCGAACCCACGAUACUGUUACUACUAAACUCUGAACAGCGAAAUGCGGCGCCUGUGGUGAAUGGGCGACCAAUAUCCCUAGACAGACCACGACUGAACAAUGGAGCAUUACACUGGGUGUAUCUAGAAUUGCCUAUUCCUUAUAUUGCUACUGUUGAUCAUAUGUACGCGAGAAAUAAAAUAUAUUAUUUAUUGUU